AUGUCACAGCAGGAUAUAAAAACUGAAGAAGAGGUGAAAACGGAAUCGGCUGGAUCGGGGAAUAUCACACCAGAGCAGAAGAAAGCAAGAUACAUCGCAAUGAAAAAAAAGCUCAAAGAGCUUUUGAACAAACGGAACGCUUUGGAAGAUGAUGUCACAAAACUGGAAGAAGAUAUAUACGAAAAGGAAACACAGUACUUGGCCGACGGUGCUGUUCGUGGAAACGUUGUACGUGGCUUUAGAAACUUUUCAAAGACUAGCUCAUCUUCAUCGAGGGUUAGAAAAAUUCCAUUCACAGAUGAGGAUCGUAUAUUUUCUUUAUCUUCUUCCACAUAUGUCAUGCAUCUACGCAAAGAGCAAGGAGAGGAUGAUUCUACAGGGCCAACGCUUACUUCAGCAACACCUAGUUUUGAGGAUGAUGAAAAUUUCACUCCUGAAAGACUAACACCAAGCAGAAGAAAGUAA